AUGUUUGCAGCACGCACUGGGACAGUGGGAAGUAAAAAUCUUGAUGAGACAGCCAAGUUAAGGAAACACUCUGUCCUUUCUUUAGGGAGUAGAGAAAAAGCCCCAAAGAGCUCCUCUGAAAGCAGCAAGGACAAUAGACUCAACACCACAGGUCAGACACAGCAAAGGGGCUGGAGACUGGCACUCAUGCGAGAACUGGAGAUGAACUGGUAUCUGAAAAUAUGUAACUUAUCGUAUGAGCAUACGAUCGCGUACACCACCGGAAUGCCUCACAGAAAUCUUGGGAAAUCUGGACUAAGAGUUUCAUGCCUGGGCCUUGGGACAUGGGUCACAUUUGGAGGUCAAAUUUCAGAUGACGUUGCUGAACAGCUAAUGACAAUCGCUUAUGAGAGUGGAGUAAAUCUGUUUGAUACAGCGGAGGUGUACGCAGCUGGAAAGGCUGAGGUGAUUCUGGGAAGCAUAAUCAAAAAUAAGGGCUGGAGGAGGUCCAGUCUGGUCAUAACAACAAAACUCUACUGGGGUGGAAAAGCUGAAACAGAAAGGGGACUUUCAAGAAAACACAUCAUUGAAGGAUUAAAGGCUUCUCUCCAGAGAUUGCAGCUCGAGUAUGUGGAUGUUGUCUUUGCAAAUCGACCAGACAAUAAUACCCCCAUGGAAGAAAUUGUCCGAGCAAUGACACAUGUGAUAAACCAGGGGAUGGCAAUGUACUGGGGAACCUCACGCUGGAGUGCUAUGGAGAUCAUGGAAGCCUAUUCUGUAGCAAGACAGUUUAAUAUGAUUCCACCAGUAUGUGAACAGGCUGAAUAUCAUCUUUUCCAGCGAGAGAAAGUGGAGGUUCAACUGCCAGAAUUGUACCACAAAAUAGGGGUUGGAGCAAUGACAUGGUCUCCACUUGCCUGCGGGAUCAUCUCCGGGAAAUAUGGAAAUGGGGUUCCUGAAAGCUCCAGGGCUUCACUGAAGUGCUACCAGUGGCUAAAGGAAAAAAUUGUAAGUGAAGAAGGAAGAAAACAGCAAAUAAAGCUGAAAGACCUUUCCCCAAUUGCAGAUCGUCUUGGAUGCACACUACCUCAGCUAGCAGUUGCAUGGUGCCUGCGAAAUGAAGGUGUGAGUUCUGUUCUUCUAGGAUCUUCCAAUCCAGAGCAACUGAUAGAAAAUCUUGGAGCCAUUCAGGUUCUUCCAAAGAUGACAUCACACAUUGUAAGUGAAAUAGAUAAUAUUCUAGGGAAUAAGCCCAUCAGCAAGAAGGACUACCGAUCAUAA